CAUGAAGAGACACAUUUCCCCCGUCUUAACUUCGUUACCAAGUUAGUCCCCUUGCAUGAUUUCCCUCCUGCAUACCGUUGCAUCGCCGGUGGCAUUAACGUUGGGAGUUUGUCCAGAGGAUCUGCUAACAGGACGGAAAAGUUGAAGAUUUUGCUAGCUAUCUCUAAAGGCAGCUUGCUGGGAUUGCUUGCUAGGUUCAUCCACAGCGGCUACAAUGGGUGCACUGUUUCGCAGUGAGGAGGUGUGUCUUGUGCAGCUCUUUCUCCAAUCAGGAUCGGCUUACAACUGUGUCAGUGAACUGGGAGAGCUGGGAUUGGUCGAAUUUAGAGAUCUGAACCCAAAUGUCAAUGCAUUUCAAAGGAAGUUUGUGGGUGAAGUGAGGCGGUGUGAAGAGAUGGAGAAGACUUUCUCCAUCCUGGAACAGGAGAUCAAUCGGUCCCUGUCACCGCCCCUGGAGGGUCCGCUGCCACCCCCCUGCCCCGCCCCCUCAGCCCCCCAGCCGAGAGAGCUGCUGACUAUUGAGGAGGAGAGCGAGAGGCUAGCGAGGGAGCUGAAAGAGGUGUCUAAGAACAGAGACAGCCUCCGAGCCCAGCUGACCCAGCUGAGCCAGUACCGGGGAGUGCUCACACAGACCCACUCCCUCACUGCCUCACAGGCCCCUCCCCCAACCUUGGAGACUUCGGGCUUACUGGACAACAGACAGGAUAUUCGACUCAGUUUUGUUGCGGGUGUAGUCCAUCCCUGGAAGGCCCCCGCCUUCGAACGGUUGCUAUGGAGAGCAUGCCGGGGUUACAUCAUAGUGGAUUUUCGAGAGAUGGAGGAGAAACUGGAACUGCCAGACACUGGUGAGAUGGUGCAGUGGACAGUUUUCCUCAUCUCCUAUUGGGGCGAUCAGAUUGGUCAGAAAGUCAAGAAGAUCUGCGAUUGCUUCCACACACACACCUUUGCGUAUCCUGAAAGCACGGCAGAGAGGGCGGAGAUCCUGCGUGGGCUGGAGGGCAGGAUUGAAGACAUCCAAACGGUGCUGUCCCAGACGGAGCAGUACCUGCAGCAGCUUCUGGCCCGCGCCGUGGCGGUGCUGCCCCAGUGGAAGGUCCGGGUCCAGAAGAGCAAGGCGGUCCAGAUGGUGCUGAACCUCUGCAGCCCGUCCGUCACCGACAAGUGCCUGAUCGCCGAGGCCUGGUGCCCCGUCAGCCAGCUGCCCGUCCUGCAGAGCGCCCUGGGUGUGGGUGGGAGGAAGAGUGGCAGUGGGGUGGAUUCCUUCUACAACCGCCUGCCCACCGCCACCUCACCCCCAACGCUUUUUGCCACCAACUCUUUCACUGCUGGCUUCCAGAGCAUAGUGGAUGCGUACGGAGUGGCCAGCUACAGAGAAGUCAACCCCGCGGUGUAUACGAUCAUCACCUUCCCCUUCCUGUUUGCGGUCAUGUUUGGGGACGUGGGGCAUGGCCUCCUCAUGACCCUGGCAGCGCUCUGGAUGGUCCUGGAAGAGAAGGACCCCAAACUGAGGAGCAACACUAAUGAGAUCUGGAAGAUGAUGUUUGGGGGCCGGUAUCUGAUCCUGCUGAUGGGCCUCUUCUCCAUCUACACGGGGGCCGUCUACAACGAGUGCUUCAGCCGCGGCCUCAGCCCCUUCGCCUCCGGCUGGCACCUGCAGCCCAUGUUUCAGCACUACAACUGGAGUGAUCAGACACUGCGAGAUAACCAGUUCCUCAGUCUGGACCCCGCUGUAAAAGGAGUAUUUGAAGGCCCUUAUCCCUUCGGCAUUGACCCCAUCUGGAGGUUGGCCAAUAAUCACCUGACCUUCCUCAACUCCUACAAGAUGAAGAUGUCUGUGAUCAUCGGCGUGAUACACAUGACCUUCGGAGUCUGCCUGUCCUUCUUCAACUACAUACACUUCCGGGAUGUGAGCAGCAUCUUCUUGGUGCUGAUCCCAGAGCUGGUCUUCAUGCUCUGUCUCUUUGGGUACCUGGUCUUUAUGGUGGUGUACAAAUGGAUUGCAUACGGACCCCUGCAGUCAGAAGAAGCGCCCAGCAUCCUCAUCCAUUUCAUCGAUAUGUUCCUUUUCGCAAAGAACGCAGACAACCCCCCGCUGUACACUGGACAGACGAUAGUACAGAUGGUGCUGGUCAUUUUGGCUCUGUGCUCAGUACCGGUCUUACUGCUGGGAAAGCCAAUCUUCCUCCUCGUCACACACAAGAUGAGGUCUCGCCGCAGGGGUUCGCGGCGCCCUCUGCUGGCAGAAAAUGGCUCCAUCAACGCUCUUCUGGGUGAUGUCGAGGAAGGGGAACAGAGGGAGGAGGAGGAGUUUGACAUGUCGGAGGUGUUCAUGCACCAGGCCAUCCACACCAUAGAGUACUGCCUGGGCUGCAUCUCCAACACCGCCUCCUACCUGCGGCUAUGGGCCCUCAGCCUCGCGCAUGCUCAGCUGUCGGAGGUGCUGUGGGUGAUGGUGAUGAGGAGCUCCUUCUCCUGGCAAGGCUACGUGGGCUCGGUGGUGCUGGCCGUGAUCUUCUCCGUCUUCGCCGUGCUGACGGUCUCCAUCCUGCUGGUCAUGGAGGGACUGUCGGCCUUCCUGCACGCCCUCCGUCUGCACUGGGUGGAAUUUCAGAACAAGUUCUACAGUGGUUCAGGCUACAAACUCAACCCUUUCUCAUUUGCCUCCAUCAUAAAUACAUCAUUAGCCAAUUAAUAAUGGUUGCCAAAUAAAGGUGAGAUGAGUAGAGUAGGUAUUUUUUCGCACUUAUAAUCAUGUGGGAUCCACCACACACUUCACAUCGAUUGCUCUUUUUUUGUUGUUUUUUUUUUUUUUUUUUUGGACACUGAAUUUUUAUAUUGUUCGAAACUCACUUCUUUACACAGUGAUCAGUCAUCUGUUUUACCCACAGAAAUACCCGUGAACGGUCCUGGGAUGACAAUGGAGAUUCUUACAUUUACGCCUGUUCUGUUUUUCUUUUUUAAUACUUUAUGUGUUUUCAGUUUGGGUCAGGUUGGAUUCACAUUAAACAUAAUUUGCAGAGUGAGGGGUGCUUGUUUCUGUUUCCCAGAAUUUCAUGUGUGGUUUGCAUGCAUUCAGGUUUACUCAGGAAAGCCUUUGGGUCUGGCGACCCCUGGUGGAAUUUGUCCUCAGUACAUGCUAAAUUGAAGUCCUUAAGCCAGGAAGUUGGCAGACCGGAUAGACAGUAGAUUGUUCAGUUUUCCUCAAGGGAACAGCACUAAACAUAUUAAGCAGACAGAUUUGAUUAUAAAAAGGGAGAGCCUUAUAUCUGAAAGAUUUGCAGAGGAGGCCUUUAGAAAUGAAACACCAGAACAGUAUUUUUGGUGUCUUAAAUGAAUGGAAGCUUAGCUUUGUGAUGAAGCGGAAUCUUUUUGAAAACAGCCUUAAUUUUUUUUUUCUCCCCGCCAUAUCACUCCUGUGUAAAAUUAAAGAUGAGCUUCUAUUCAGCAUGCAACAGUUGCAGUAUCACUGAUAAAUGGCCAAAAGACAAAAGACAAA